GUAAACUAGGAGCUCCAGGCGAAAGAUGAUCAAGCUAUUGGCUAUAUUGCUUGCCAUGGGAAUGGCGAUGGUCCAAGGAGCGCUGCCGACCCAACUAUCAAAUAAUCAAUGGACACAACACGAUGUGUCCUCCAUGGCGGAUUACGAACGGCUCCUGGAUCUGCGCUCCCUGGCAAUGGAGUUCUAUCGCGAAUUUCGGAACAUUUCAACGGCGGAUGUGCAUCUUCUGGGUGAGCGGAUUGGAUCACAAGAUCUACAGUGCCUGGCCGAUAUGGCCCAGUUUAUGAGUGCGCUUAGUGCGCCCAAGGCGUGGGCCCUAAAAAUGCUCGACGCGUGGGGCACCAUUCCAUCGGGAUAUCUCAUUGGCAACCGCGUCGACAUGGGCAACUACAGGGAGUGCCUGUCCGAGGGCGGAAUGCUCACCUCAUCGCAGGACAUCCAGGGAAAGUACUGCUUCAUGGAGCUGCCGGUUGCCAAGUGGUUGGGUUUCACUUCUGAGCUGCUGGCGGUGACCAACAUAAGGACUGCUGUGUGCCUGCCUUCCUCUUGCUCGGCGGGCACCAUGGAGCUGUUCCUCAAGCAACUGCUCAAGCGGCUGCUUGGCGUCAGUGAUCCGACCAAUUUGUUUUCCAUCAGCGAGACGUCGUGCAGAAUCAAGGAGAAAGCACCCUGGGAUGGGCUCACCAUAUUCACAGUCGUUCUACUGUCCGUAUUUGGUGUCACGGUUAUCCUGUGCACCCUCUACGACUACUUCUUGUGUCCGGAGCAGGAAAAGCUACCCCGUCCCAUCGGCGCCUUCUCAGCCCGUGCCACUUCGCGUUCGCUGUUCACCAUUGUGGAGAACACGGCGAAUCCGAAUGUAAUCCACUGUCUCAAUGGCAUGCGGUGCAUGUCCCUGAUCUGGGUAAUCUUGAGCCAUGAGUACAUUAUCAACAUGAAGGGUCCCGCCAUCAAUCCAGCGGACAACCUGCGAUGGGCGACGCAACUCUUCUCGAGCUUCAUACUCUACGGUACCUUGUCGGUGGACACGUUCUUCUUCAUCAGCGGCUUGCUGCUGGUUUCAAUUGGCCUGCGAAGCAUAGAAAAAAACAAGGGAAAGCUAAAUGUGCCGCUGAUGUAUCUGCACCGAUAUCUGCGCCUCACUCCGAUCGUAGCCGUUGCCAUACUGGCAUUCUACAAGAUGAUACCCCUCAUCGCAGACGGCCCAAUGUACGAUGAUAUCGGCUUUUUCGACUACUCCGGGUGCAAGAUGACCUGGUACUGGACUCUGCUCUACGUGCAGAACUACGCAACAUCCGAUGUGUGCGUGCCGCAUACCUGGUACUUGGCGGUGGACAUGCAACUGUACAUCCUGUCCCCGAUCCUGCUGAUCGCCCUCUACAAGUGGGGCAAGAAGGCGGCCGGAGGUAUCCUGGUGGUCACUUUGUUGCUCUCCGCCUGCCUGUUUGCCACCAUAAUGGUGAAUGACUUCCCUGUGAUGUUCAAGAAUGGAAUUCAGGCUCAGGUGGUUCAGAGGAAGAUCUACACCGCUACGCAUACCCAUGCGGCGCCCUGGUUGGUCGGUACUAUGUUCGGUUAUCUCCUGCACCUGAUGCGCGGCCGAAGAUUCAAGUUAAGCCUCCUGGCUACCUGGGCAGGCUGGCUGCUCUGCCUGGCCCCGCUCUUCACCUCGAUCUUCGCCUUGUAUCCGUACUCCAAGCUGCUGGGCAAAUCGCCCUCAGUGUUGCAGGGAGCCCUCUACUAUACACUGGUCCGGAUCGCCUGGCCCCUCGGUCUCUGCUGGGUGGUCUUUGCGUGCAUGCAGGGCUAUGGUAGUCUGGCCAACAGCUUCCUCUCCUCUCCACUUUGGCAGCCGUUGUCCAAGCUCUCCUACGGCGCCUACAUCUGGCACAUCUUUGUCGUGGAAGUCGCCAAUAGAAGCGUUCAGACCAAUACGUACUUCUCCAACUAUCAAGUGAUGCUCAACUUUUGGUCCACCUUUGGCUUUACCCUGCUGAUGUCCUACGUGCUCUACGUUUUAAUUGAGGCGCCUCUGGAGGCCUUGGAAAGAAUUAUGUUUCCCAAUCGCAGAAGCCCGCCAGCAGCAAAGGAUCAGCUGCAUAUCGAGUCCCGAACGGAAGUCGUGGACCAGAUGGACCAGAUGGAUCACAUGGACGGGAUGGAUCAGGUGGUGCAGCACGAGAAGCGCAGUGAUAUCCAGCCUGACCUGGAAACGAGUGCCAACAAAACAGAGACUGACCUCGAGUUAUCAAAUUAGACUUAUCAGCUCCUAUUUAGCCUUUAUUAAAACGAACUACUUGUAAUCUAGGCACAAUUAACUUAACCACGGGUCUAGAGUUACGAUGGAAUGAAUGGUCCUUGAGUUGAAAAGUCUUGCACUUAAGACGAUAUCAGUCGUUAUCUGGUUGCGACUUUUGCGACCAGGUGGGUUUCGAAUUAGUCAUGAAGGUGAUUCCCGACUUUGGCUUGCUGUAAUGGGCACACAAAGAUUUCAAUUCUGACUCACAGAGGCGAUGCACGCCCCAUUCAGUUACAGAAAAAAAGAAAAGAAACACAAAAAAAAAACAGAAGGAACGACUUUGUCUAGUGUCUCGACUAUCAGAUAUGUAUGCACCAAAGCGUUUACAAGUUUUUCAGUUUGAUAAGAGCCAAAUCUGUUGAUAAUUUACAUUCCAUAGAUUACGUAUUUGUAUUUGUAUACUUGACUUCCCCACUUUGCUGACCAUGUGUCUUGACUUUCAUCUGCGUAGUGACGAAAUGCUAUGUUU